UGCGUUUAUUUGCAUUCGUUUUAUUUCAUCUCGCUGGACGUAAAGCAGAUUCAUCUUAAAUUAGAUCUGCAGCAGCACUGCAUCGCUCCUUAUCAAUAUUCACACGCGCGCAGGUGCUACCUGUGUCUACAAAAGAAAUGCGUUUGUGUGCGUUUUUCGGGACGAGCAGGUCGGCGCACGCGCAGGUGCCCGCUCAUUCUCCAUUCAGCUUUCGUGCUUGUUCGUUUAUAGUGUCGAAUAUUUUAGAGUUAUUGCUUUCCGCGAGUUUUGGUUCAUUCGUGCAAGUACUUGCAGCGGGCGAGGACGUCUCCACCGCCACUGUACACUCACACUGAUAACUGACGUAUUAUACAACAACUACCCACACUGAGGCAUAGCUGCGCACGCGCCGCGUGUUGUUUACUGCAAACAUCAGCUGUUUCAGCAGAUAUUUACACUGUUAUCGUAUCGCCGCCGCGGACGGGGCACCUCGUGCAGCGCGGCCAUGUCGUCCUGACUGAGUGACGCGAGCUCGCCAUGGCUCCCGACAUCGAGCACUGCGAGACGCAGCGCCUGAACGAGGAGCAAGCUGUACCCGUGCACCAUGGCAGGAGGAUCUUACCGGACGGCCAGCCGCCGGCCAGCGCCUGGGCCGAGACCGAGGACGAGCGGCCCGGGGACAACACCAGCAGCCCCGGCGAGAACAAGCGCCUGCUGCCCUCCGGCCCGCCGGCGAGGCACAAGUCCAGGCUGCAGGCCGGCCUCACGCUGGGAGUGCAUCCUCCCGUCAAGUACAAAUACCCUCCAGCGACCAAGUCACAGAAAACCUUUCUAAAAUCCAAGUCUGAUAAGAAGAAGUCUGAAAGGAAGGCGAAUCUCAUAGCGUUGUUGAAGCCGCCGUACUUCAUAGUCUCCAUGAUAAUUGUGAACGUAUUGAUCCACGAGUCGAUCAAGGACGCCGACGUGCGCGCCCUGCUGCAGUGGAACCCGGACUCGUGGUGGCGCGAGCCGUGGCGGCUCGUCACCUACGGCUGCGUGCACGCCAGCCACCUGCACCUUGCACUCAACUCGCUCGUUGCGCUCGCUGUGGGUUGGCCGUUGGAGCGCGAGCAGGGCUGGUGGCGCGUGGUGGUGCUGUGGGUGGGCGGGCUGGCGGCCGGCGCGCUCGGCGCGGGCCUGCUGCAGUACCGGGUGCGCGUCGUCGGCGCCUCCGCCGCCGUGUAUGCACUGCUUACUGCGCAUAUUUCCAACGUGUGCCUUAGACACGGGCACAUAUCGUUGUGGUGGUUCCGUCCGCUGAGCGUGCUGGUGCUGGGCGCGUCCGAGGUGUGCUGGGCGCUGGUGCGCACGCCGGCGGCCGCGCGCGCGCCCCCUGGCGGCGAGCACAUGCACAGCCCCUACGAGUACGUGGCGUGGGCUGCACAUAUCCUCGGAGCAGUCGUCGGGGUGCCGCUCGCUUUCGUUGUGUUCACUGGUGAGAACAGCAGGAAAGCAUACGUGAUAGCAUGUCGCGUGGUGUCCGGCAUGGCGCUGGUGGCGGGGGUGGUGGUGGCCGCGGUCUGCUACGCGCGCGCCGCCGCCGCCGAGUACAGCGAGGAGGACAUGACCUGAGCCCGCCGCGACGCCAUUGCGAUCCGAUGACAAGUGCAAUUGUACUCAUCCGUCCGCUAUUCCUAGCUUAGAAUAGCUUUUGAUGGGAAUUUUACAAGUUGGUCCUGUUUAUAAGUACCUACUUAUAAAUAUAAGCUAAGGAGUCUGAACGCUGCAGUAGUGGCCGCGAGGUCCCCGUGGCCGCCAUUGCGGACCGAUCGAUCUUUGUCUAUUCUAGUCGUAAGUGUUAUGUAGGUACAAACAUGUUCAUUUGAAAUAGUUUUAAGGAAAAUGUGAAGUUGAAUAUUCUAAAUUGUAGCUCCGUGUCACUUCCCCUGGGUGGGUGACACACGUACAGACAGGAGCUGCAGUCGAACAAACAUAUCUAUAUAGUGAGCGGUGGCGCGGAGUUACUGUUGUUGUUGAUUUCUGUGAAAUCUCUCGUUCUGUUGUUUUGUAUCAAAACGUUGUACUACGGGCUAGUGAUAUGUUGUAAGCUUUGUACGUAGCUGUUAUUGUACGAGUAAUGUAAGUAACGAAACUAGUGACAAGUGCAAUUGUAACCAACUGUUUACUGCUAUCUACAGUUAUAUUUAAGUCUCCUUAAAGUAAUCGUUAAUACUUUGAAUGGUUACGGCUGUGAUAAUAUCGUGAAGAUAUUGAAACUUUAGGUCUCGGUAGUGAAUGCGCAGACCCCAGCAUAUGAACCUACUCUAAUUUAUCAAACUCCUUCAAUGUAUAAUUGACUUUUUUGCUAAACAAUAAAGUUGAAAACGUAAUAAAGAAAGGAUGAGGUUGAUGUGCUGGUGUCUGUGCAAGGCUGUAGUGAUGUCGCACACAAUGUGAUGACGUCACGCCGGCGCUGCAACCAAAGAGAUUACUGAUCUAGUCCAACCUGACUCUGUUGUGUAUGUAUACGAGUAGAUAGAAAUACAUGCGCCUUAUACUGGACUUAUCUUUAUUGUUCCACCAUUCUAAUCUAAACACCUCACCUACACCUUCAAUUUAAACGAAUACUCAAGUCACUAUAUGCGUCUUACCAUAAAUGAGACGUGACAUUCAAAAUGCUGUGUUAUUACAAACGUACUUUGAUGCGUUUUAGAAAAACCUCAAUUAUUAUAUUUGUUGUUUGGUUCGCUAAAUAUUUGCACACGACCGAUUCAAUAUCUUUGUUGAUUCGGUUUGUAAGUGCAAAAUGUAUAUGUAUUAUUGUUCAAUAUAAAUUCAUUAAAUAAACUAUGUUAUCGAGCAAGAACUAAGUAGAUAGAUAUAUGGAUACACAACUGGGUACCAAGUACAGUAAGGUCGUAAUACAUGACAUUUAGGUAAGAAGGGAAGGUUAUGUUUUAUGCAAUGGUAUCUCAGUCAGUUACCAAAAUGUGAACAAUUUGUCAUUUCUUUAAGCUAAGCAUCAAAUGUGUUGUUGAAGUAAUGAAUGUCCUCAAAUGUAACAAUACGAUAACCAACAUAUCAGUGAAUGAUGUAUAAGGUGUUACAUAAUAUGUUUAUACUCACAAACUAACAAUUAUGAUCUCAGUCUCGGUCCACUAAUGACAAAUGUCCGACCAUUCACAGGAAAAUGGUCUAUCGUUGAUGUUCCGUUGUAUGGUUAAUAUAAUUCAGUGUCUUACACAUUUGUACCGCUUUUGUGAAUAUUGUGAUCUUAUAAACGUUCUAUUUGCAUAA